AUGCCUACGUUCUCUUUUCGUUUAUUUCGAAGACUCAUAGCCGGGCUCUUUGCACUCGCUCAUCUAACGUCCGGCACUCUGGAAUUGUCUCUUCACGCUACCUUCGCACAGCCAGUUAUUGCCUGGAUACUAUCUGGUUUUGAGAUGAUACUUAUUGGAUGGUUUAUCACAGCAGCGAUCGUUAAACCGAUUCUAAAGAAGCCUCACACGGUUGCUCAAGAGCUUUUCUCGUCCUUUGCAAUGUUUAUAUUGAGUAUCGUCCUUUCCCUAGUCGCCCUUACGGUCUCCCUGAAAAGCGAAGGGAUGAAGGAACCUCAUAUCAUGGUCAUCUCAGGCAUCUGGCUCAGAGUUCUAGUGUUCGCUUCCUUUUCCCAGGUCGCGUAUACCUUUUCAUUCUUCAUUCUCGUCGGCAUGACUGCUGCCACCUACGACCGUUCGAUUUGGCUAAGAAAUAUGGACGGCUCACCUUCGCCUUUCUCGAUGACCAUACUCCUCUCUUUUAUGUUGCCUUGUAUCUUCAAACCAUGCAAUACCGUGUACAUGGCCUCAUUGACAGCUCAAGACGAUAACAUCUCUCCUUCUCGUCCUCAUUGCUAUGAUCGUGUUACCUGUAACUGUCCUGCGAAGGAAGGUCCGGUCUCCGAUCUUCCAGUGACCACGACGACGCACACAAACUCUCUCGAUGAAACUGCUGUUUCUCAACUUGCUACUCCUUUGAAAUCUCGAAGCCAAGUUCUUUCAAAUCUUGUUCCGUGGAGGAACUCAGGAACUACUAUGUCGUUGUCCAAGUCUCUUAUUGAAAUCCCUGAUGCUGCACAGAGAAGAAUGUCUUAUCCGGUAGCUUUAAAUAGAGGGCAGGAUGAUAUUUUAGUUGGCAUGUAA